GUCAUGUAUUUUUGUUGCCUCAGAUGGGUGUAUGGAAGAUAUGCACAGGGUUGGGUUUCCCACAGCCACGUUACCGCCGUCAGCUAUAUCCUGCCAGCGAGGAACCGUUAACUAACUAUAUGGCGCUUCGUAAACUAUUCCGGCUGUCCUCGCUGUUGCGCUCCGCGGUGUCAUUGACACUGCGCAGGAAUUUCGGGCUGUCUGCUGUCCUCUUCAACCGAGCCAAGGACCUGGACCCUAUCCAGAAACUAUUCCUAGACAAGAUCCGCGACUACAGCACCAAGAGCAAGGCUGCAGCAGGUGGGAUUGUUGAUGCAGGCCCCUCUUACGAAAAGGGUGUCUCAGAGGAGAUCACCAAACUGCAGAGGUUAUACGGGACCGGUGACCUCACCAAAUUCCCUGACUUCAAAUUUACAGAGCCCCAGCUGCAGGAAGUGGCCAAGUGAACACUGGCCAUGACGACGUUGUCUCUGUCCUACAUGUCACCACUAUUCAUGUACUAUUUAAUAAAUGAAGUUGGAUUAAA